AUGAAUAUCAUUAACAAAAGACCGGUCCAUCGUCCUCGUCACGUCCGCAAGUUCCUUUAUGUUCUUUGGGAGAUUCAAGUGAACAAUCGACCUCUCCCAGCGUAUAUGGUUCUGGCAGCAAAGCACCUCCUCCGCACCACCAGGCUUUGCAACCAUGUCACCAUUGUGGUCGAGUCAAGCGACUACAGGCCACUCGACACAUAUCUCGACUCCUGUCCCCUCUUCCUCUUCUCACAGUUGGAGGCCCAACAUCUAACACAAGGUCCUAGCGUUCGGAUACCCACCCUACCAGUUCCGGCUCUUAUCCUGCCGUAUCUGCCAACUGGCGACGAAGAAGUCGUUCUCUAUCCGACACUGUUCAGCUGGCAUUGUGCCGUACGACACCGCACUUACCACGUGUUUGCGUUCAUCCAAGUCAACAUGUCUGCUCGCCGAUACACCAUCGACGAGCUGAAGAAGCUCCACCAGCCUUCCAUCGGCAGUGCUACGCUCAAGUUUUCCGGUAAUCCCGAAGUUGGAAACAUCAUUCGAGGCUCAGGAAGCGAGUCGUCCGACAACAAACCGCAUCUGGUCCACACACCGAGACACUGGGACGAGUCUUCGGUUGCUUCUGAGGAAGUCUUGUUCAAGGGCAACGCCAGCCGCCGCGCCCACCGCGAGGCUACUCGUGAUCUUCACCGCGACAAGACCCAUCAUACAGUCCGAGAGCCUAAGCGUGAAGCCACGCACCGUCACAUCGCCACUCAAUUUGUGGAAGACUCCAACGCUUCAAACGACGGCGACUGGGUGUACCGUGGCCGCAGCGACUCGGACGUCGCUUCAACCGAACCCAUUUCAGCCCCCGGAGGGAAGGUAACUCAGGCUAACGAAGGUUUCAAGCGGUUCUACAAAGCCGUUGUGUCACCUACUCACGUUCGGGUUACCGCUGGAGGACGUAUUGUUCCCAACACUCGCGGUCCGCCCUCGCCGACUGCCAAGCGCUCAAAGGAGAGCGGCCUCGACGAGAACCACGGGCUCUCCGAGAAGACAGUUCAGUCCAAGCCGUCGCUGGGCCAGAUGCGCUUUACUCAGCCUUUCCCCGUCAUUGCGCCAUACUUCCCCGGCUGCCCUCCUGGCUUCCAAGCUAUCCCCGCUGGCAUGCCGUUCAUGCCCAUGCCCUACGGUGCACAACUUCCCCCUGGAUUCCAGUUCAUGCCUCAGGCUUUCAACUCUGCCGGUAUGGCCCAGAUGCCCCACAACAACAUGGCAAACAACCAGGACGUCAACGGUGCACAGCCUGCAGGUUCGCAGGCUCAGACUGCUACCGCGGGUGACAAGAACGACAAGGUCAAGAUCACUCCUCCUGAGUUCUUUGACCCGAGCAAGCCGUUCAUGUUCAACGGCCAGUAUUUCAUGCCCACUCCACCUGGUGCAACGGCUAACCAGAUGGCUGUACCUUCCAUGGUUAGUGUCCCUUCUGGCGUGACGGGCAUGACUGGACAUUUGAUGCAGCAAUUUCCCGGCAGACCUGGUGGCGUCAUGGGCGCCUUCUCCAUGUCCAACCAGGCAGUUCAAGGCUCAACCGGUGCUCCUGGCAUGAACUACCAAGGCUUCUCGGUUGCCAACUACAAGCCGCCUCCGAUUCCCCCGGUCAUUUCUUCCAUCAAGCCGAGCGACAUCACCAAGAAGCAGAUUGCCGGCUUCAAGCAGUCUCUCAAGUACCAUGAGGAUCAGCUUCAGUACAACCGUCACCAGAUUGACGAGAAGGAGAUGGAGGGAGCCAUCCAGAACUAUCGCGAUCUCAUUCAACGUUUUGAGGUCAAGCUCAAGACCGAGCUCGAGUAUGAGCAGUCGGUUCUUGGCCAAUCCGAGCCCAAGGACAAUGCCACUACCGGAUCUCAAACCCCCAAGGCUUCCAAGGUUGACAGCAAGCCUGCUGUUGCUGAUGACAGAAACUUCUCUCAGCCCAUGUCAUCUCUGACCGAGAGCCAGUUGAACUCCAAGUUCAACAACAAUGCUGCCAGUGAAUACACCGAGGAUGAGGAUUCUCAGCCGGAUUUGACCCAUCGCGACGACUAUGGCGAGAUUAGGAUGAAGUUCGACCCCGAGGACUCCAUGACUUUUGAGGAGUUCCAGAAGAUGACUGCGAAUCUGCCCCCCGCGGCUGCCGCGGCUCCCGCUUUUUACCCUGGCCGCUUUCGUUCGCUCUCCGAGCUAGAGAGGGCUAGGAUGGAAUCUGACAGACGCCUGUCUGGCAUUCCGGUUGAGGACCCGAUUCCGCCCCCUCCCAUCGACUAUGUGGAAGGUUCUCAGUCCCAUUUUCUCGGCAUUCCCAGCCACGAGAAUCUGAGCUACUUCGGCAACAAGUCAAGCACAACUGGCUCAAACUACGGCGUUCCUUACCUCCUCGGAGCCCUUCCCAAGAACAUCGAUCCUCGCAGUGCCACCUCCGAGGAUUAUGUGUACAGCAGACCCUUGACCCAGGAUGAGAUUCGUGCUCGCUGGCUUUUCCAAAACAACGCUCCCAAGGAUGUCAGCAAGGGCCUUCCCGGAUAUGAUGGCAAGCAUUUUUACCCUGCUGCUUCCUCAUCGGUUGCCGAGUCUACUGUCCCCGACAGCCCUCAGAUGCGCUCGCCUCGUUCUGGCGGUACUGCUAGGCCCGAUGAGUACCGUCUCACCCGCUCAGACCCUUUCAGGCCCUGUGACCCAUUCCACAGGGGCGAGCCUGCUUCGACCUUGGGCGACGAGGACGACUAUGGUACCAAGGGCUAUGAUUCCAGGAUCUACAGUCAGUCCGACAACAUUCAGCCUCACAUUGAUGGAUUCCACCCCCGUGAGCCGACUGCCGCCUACGAGUCUCGCGAGAGCAGCCUCGAUGCUCAUUCGAUGGCUCUUCAGGAUCGCCAGGCGGAGAAUGUGUCUGGCGGUGCCAAGCUCUGGCCGGACAUGCUGAAGAAGAGCGGUACCAGCAGUGCCUUGUCUUCUGCUACCGCUACCGGUUGGCUGCCUGCUUACCAGAAUUCCACGAUGAUGUCUUUCCCUUCCAGCAACGAUCGUUCGCACAGAGUUGUUCCUUCCCCGGACAAUGAUUGCAGUGACGGAGGUGCAAUGCUCACUCCCCUUCCUGAGAAGCGUGGAGAGAACCGCCCCCUGCAGCAUGUCAGCUCUCUGGACGAUCAGUUCAAGAACGUCACCAUCGAGGCUUCUGACCGCCGCAACAUGAACAAGAUUCCCGCUCCCUUCAACCUCUAA